AUGGACUUCCCUAAUAAUAGACAGCCCACGCCGCAGUAUUUGCAACAACAACAACAACACCAGUUGCCUGCACAUAUAAAAAACCUCACCCCGGAUCAACUGCAAAACAUAUACAAGCGGCUCCAGCUGCUUCGAUCCCAGCACGGAGAAAAUGCUAAGCAACUGCCUGAAUUUGCGGAGCUCGCCUCGGUUCUGACCCAGUAUUCCCAAUUCCAGAGACAGCUCAAGGCCCAGAGUCAGAUGUCGCAGUUCCAAAACAAACAGGGCUUCUCGCAAUUCCCCCAGCAGCCUCCGCAACAGCAUCAGGAACAGCACCAGCCCCAAUCGCAGCCGCAGCCGCAGUCGCAGCAGGCCAGUCGGUCCGGCUCUUUCGGGCCCUCCAAUAUUUUUUCUCCUCCCCAGUCGCAACUGCUCAAAUACCAGAUUGCCGCGUUCAAAAAAUUCAUCCAGAACCAGCCAAUUGAGCCCGAGCUCGCCAAUGUAAUCAACAUCUCGUUCCAGCAGUAUAACAGACAAUUUGGCGACCCCAACGCGUCGAUCGUUUCGCAAAACAAUGCAUUCCUCAAACAGCAGCAGCACAAGCAAAAGCUCCAAAAGGAGCCAUCCAAACAAUCGAUGCAACCUAUACAGUCCCGCAAGACUCCGCAAAUGCCGCAUCCACAGCCGAUGCUCAACAACCAGCACAUGAUGAUGUCGCAGCAACAACAGCCUCAGCAGCAGGCCAAUCAGACACCAGUUCCUCCGACUCAGCAAUUUCCGAUUCCCCCUCAGCAGCCGAUAAUGAAACAGGAGCCACCAAAGCAGCAGACCGCUAAAAUACUGCCUCCACACCCACCCAUGCCUCUUGACAAGAUGACAGAAAAAUACCCAGACGUCUCGAAUAUCAUACCUACCCACGACCCGCAAUUGGUCGUAGAUAGUUUCUCGGUGCCGGAGGUUUCAGAAGAUCUUCCUUACGAGUAUUUGAGCGACCCAAAGUCGAGAGUCAUCAUUCCUUCCCUUUAUCCAAAGCCUCUGGACGUUGUCAAAGCUGCAGAGAUCAAGAAAUUGGUGGACCAGCUACGUUUGGAACAAGAAUUGGAUCACCUAAAAAAACUGAAGGAAGAGGAUGUGUCUUACACCUUUGAGUACACCCUGAUGUCAUUAUUGCCAUACCAAAAGGCUGUUCGAGGCCACGUCGUCAGCACAGUUUUCCAUCAAAACUCACUGCUCACUAAUCAUCUACCUAAUUUUUCCGCGAGGGUACGCUCGAUCAACACGCACGACGCAUCGGUGGCCCACGCUUUAUACAAUCAGCAGCGAACAGUCACGGCUCUUUCGCAAAAGAAUAAAAUACAGGAGAGACAGGCAAACAUACUUAGUGUUUCCGACGAUUUCAAAAAGUAUCUCUCCACAAGAAAGGAUCGUCUUUCUAGAAUUGCUAGAGGAGUUAAUAGUUAUCACGCCCAGACAGAAAAAGAGGAACAGCGUCGUAUUGAAAGAAAUGCCAAACAGAGAUUGCAAGCUCUUAAGGCAAACGAUGAAGAGGCGUAUAUCAAGCUUCUUGACCAAACUAAGGAUACUAGAAUUACUCACAUUCUGAAACAAACCACAGGAUUCUUGCGUACCUUAAUCCAGUCAGUGAAAGUUCAACAAAGAGAUACCCAGGAACACAUGGUUCAUGCACAUCACAUUGAUCCGCAAUAUACUAAUGCAGAGGAGGAAGACGACGAGGAGAAAGAAAAUGCCGAUUACUAUUCUGUUGCGCACAGAAUCCAAGAGAAGAUUGAGAAACAGCCUUCAAUUCUUGUCGGCGGAACUUUGAAGGAGUACCAGCUCAGGGGAUUGGAAUGGAUGGUUUCUUUGUUCAAUAACCAUUUGAAUGGUAUUUUGGCUGACGAAAUGGGACUGGGAAAAACUAUCCAGACUAUUUCUCUCUUGACUUAUAUCAUGGAAGUGAAGAAGAUUCCAGGUCCAUUUCUCGUCAUUGUGCCUCUGUCAACAUUGCCGAACUGGAAUCUAGAGUUUGACAAAUGGGCCCCAAGUUUGAAAAAGAUCAGCUACAAAGGAUCUCCGCAAAUGCGUAAAGAACUUGCGUAUGAUGUCAGGGCAGGCAACUUUAACGUUCUCUUGACAACCUACGAGUAUGUGAUCAAGGACAAAUACCUAUUGUCGAAGAUAAAAUGGGUGCACAUGAUCAUUGAUGAAGGUCACCGUAUGAAAAAUACCAAAUCGAAGUUAUCGUCCACUCUAACAGAAUUCUAUCAUUCGGAUUACAGGCUUAUCUUGACAGGUACGCCUCUUCAAAACAACCUUCCUGAGUUGUGGGCUUUGCUCAAUUUUGUGCUUCCUAAAAUUUUCAACUCCGACAAGUCAUUUGACGAUUGGUUCAACACACCGUUUGCCAACACCGGCAGUCAGGAUAAGUUGGAGCUAUCUGAAGAAGAGACACUUCUUGUCAUCAGAAGAUUGCACAAGGUUUUGAGACCAUUUUUGCUUCGAAGAUUGAAAAAAGAUGUUGAAAAGAGUCUGCCUAAUAAAAUAGAGAGAGUCAUCAAGUGCCGCAAAUCUGGCUUACAAACCAAAUUGUAUCAUCAAAUGUUGAAAUACAAUCAGUUGUUUAUUGGUGACUCGGACAGCAAGGCCCCCGUUGGUAUCAAGGGUAUGAACAACAAACUCAUGCAGCUGAGAAAAAUUUGUAAUCAUCCAUAUGUGUUCCCUGCAAUUGAAGACAUGAUAAAUCCUUCCCAUGAAAACAACGAUACAAUUUGGAGAGUGAGUGGAAAGUUUGAGCUUUUGGAUAGAAUUUUGCCCAAAUUCCGUGCCAGCGGUCACAGAGUUUUGAUGUUUUUCCAGAUGACCCAGAUUAUGGACAUCAUGGAGGACUUCCUCAGAUUCAGAGGAAUGCAUUACAUGAGAUUGGACGGAGAUACUCGAGCUGAUGACCGUACUGCACUGCUGAAGGAUUUCAACUCGGAGGAUUCUCCAUACUUUGUUUUCCUUCUUUCGACUAGAGCAGGUGGUUUGGGACUGAACUUGCAGACCGCCGACACGGUUAUUAUCUUUGACACUGACUGGAAUCCGCAUCAAGACCUUCAGGCCCAAGACAGGGCGCACCGUAUUGGUCAGAAGAACGAGGUUCGGAUUUUGAGACUAAUUACCAGUGACUCGAUUGAGGAAUACAUAUUAGAGAGAGCGCACCAAAAGUUGGACAUUGACGGUAAAGUUAUUCAGGCCGGUAAAUUUGACCAGAAAUCUACAUCCGAAGAACAAGAAGCCCUUCUAAGGCAGCUUCUUGAAGCUGAAGAGAAUGACAGGGAUGAGGAUGAGGUUUUAGAAGAUAAGGAGCUCAAUGAAAUUCUUGCGAGAAACGAAGAAGAACUGCAGCUUUUCAAUAAGAUUGACGAGGAGCGCAAUGACAACUCCUUGGGCUACCCAAGAUUGAUAUCCGAAUCGGAAUUGCCCGAGAUUUAUAACCAAGAGCCAGAAAUUACCGAUGAGGUUGCGGAAAUGCUUCAUUACGGUCGUGGAGCCAGAGAGCGCAAGAUUACUCAUUACGAUGAGAAUAUCACCGAAGAGCAAUGGUUGAAAGAAAUCGAUGGCUAUGCUUCUGAUGACGACGACGAGUCAAGACCAAAGAAGAGCCGUAAGAGAGGCCGUAAACCGAAGACGGAUACCGAACCUUUGGAGAGCUCUGUGGAUCCAAACGGCGAUCUAGCUGAUUUCAUUGAUGACGAGGAGGAGGGAAUUUCCAAGAAAAAGCCGAAGACCGCGAAACGCAAGCAAAGGAGUGGAUCUGCCCGGAACACUGUUUCUCCUCCUGAGAUAGGAGAUUCUGCGCCGCAGACGCCGUCAGGGGGAGGAGCAGGGAGGAAAAAGAGGUCUCGAGGUAUACCCAUCUCGGCUCCGAUAUGUCGUAAAGAGAAUGCUAUUCCUCCUGAAAUGACCAUGGAAGAGCGCCAUACGUUACAGUUGCAAUUGAAUGAGAUCCUUGACCGCUUAUUGACUAUGUCCAUUGAUGGCCGGAAACUCUCGACAAUAUUUCUCACUAAACCUAUCAAACGUGUCUAUCCUGAUUACUAUGUGAUUAUCAAGAACCCUAUAGCCUUUGAUGGAAUUAAGCGCAGGGUUCAGGGAGAAGUAUAUUGGAGUUUGGAAGAAUUCAUUUACGAUCUUCACCUAAUGUUUGCGAAUGCAAGAAUAUACAACCAAGAGGGCUCCAUGGUUUACAACGAUUCCCGACUCAUGGAGGAUGAAGCUCUACAGAUGUACAGGAAUAUGAAGGAUGGUGCUGAAAUUGAUUUCACUGAAUUUGACGAGCGCUUUGGUUUGAAGCGCAAUCCGCCAUCAGUCGUUGCAGGCCAACAGAUUAACGGAUCCGUACAGAUACCAGGCAUGGUCCAAUAA